UUGAGGGGAAAGGAGUAAUUGUGUUUGUCCUCUGCCGUUGUUCCGUUGUGGUUUUUUUUUGUUUAUUCUGCCGAGGGCAGUCCCUCAGUUAUCCACAUGUCGGGACUUGAGGGGUCAUUUUUGUGAUUUUUGUGAUUUUCCUGAGGGGGUCCUCCAGUCCCCCACUCCUUGAGGCACUUGCAAAGUGGUGAAAAGGAGUAUAGUAAUCACGUUGCUGUUUUGGGCCGAAGGCUGACGCUUUCGUUUCAUUUUGGGGGAUGCCUCGUUAAAAACCUCAUUAGGAAAAACCCUGUGGGAAAAAAUCCUAAUGAGGGAAAAAGAGUGCACCGAAUUCCCCCAAUGAUGAAUCGAAAACGUGAAGCCCUGGUUCGAAAUGGAGUACAAUGCUGAUGCCGAAGGCUAUCGUUGUUCUGAGGGCUCAUGUGUUGAUUAGCCAGAGGCUUGUUGUUGAUAUCCUGGGAGGUGCCGAAGGGGAGUCCCUCAAUCUGGGGAUCGAGGGCGUAAUGAAUGUGAGUAGUAGUUGAAGUGUUACCAUGAUGUUUUCUGUUCGUUGAUUGGUCGGUGAGGAGGGUAUCCGAGGGCUCCCGUUACCUGUGUGUCGUAGACUAUCCGUCAAUGAGGCGUACUCCCCGGGGGCUACCCGGUCCUCAAAGUGCUGAGGGGGAUCCCCGAGGGGUGGCCUGAUAUGAAGCCGUGGGAUUCUGAAGGAGUGAGCCCGAAGGCAUUUGUUAUGUAGUGUGUGGGGCACAAACCGGGAGCGUCUCUGGGUAAGUGUACCCGGAGGCUCUUCUUGAUGAAAUGGAGUGAAGUAAAAAGCCCGGGGGCUAGUUUCUUGGUUGACGAAGGAGUGGUCUGUCAAGUGUAGCCGGGAGCUCCCAGAAUAUAGCCGUUGGAAAUAUAACCGUUGGAAUAUCUAACGUCAGAAUAUAGCCGUUGGGGGGGGGGGGGGGCUUCCACGUGGCGCGCGCUCGUUGGCUGCCCGUGGGUGGGUGUCACCGAUUGGGCGAAACCACGGUUUGUAAUGAUGGCAGUCCAACCGGAGGCCCAGUUUCCAGGCCCAAGCCCGGAUCCAAGCGCCUAUAAAUACCCCAUGGCCGGCUUCACUUCCCUUGUGCGAUAUCAUUGUAGCGAAGCUCUGCCCAAAUUCCUAGAGAGAGAAACAACCGCCUUCGAUCUAACUCCCGUUACAAGGUCAGUUCCUCACUUGUCCUCCACCCUUGUCACCUAGCUGUACUUAGCGGCCUUAGGACUUACACUUAGGAAUCUUAGCUUAGAGCACUUAGCAUAUUUGAGCCCUCGAACUAGCACGGACGAUGUCUUCGCAAAGCGAUUCUCAAGACAUCUCGGGGGCGCCCUCGAUGGAGGAGGAAAUCAUCUCGGACGUGGAGUCAACAAGUGAACAGCCCUCAGCGGGACAAGAUGCUGUCGUCGCGAUGGAGUUGCAGAAAGCCCUCGUUGCUGAGGUGGAAGCCGAGGGCUUCGAACAAGAGUGUGAAGACGAAGAGCUGGCCCUCGCCUGGCAAGUAGCUGAGGAAGAGGCGCAGAAAGAGGGGGCGAGGGUCACCGUUGCUGUUCUCCCCCCUCGGGGAACUGGUGAGGCUAGCACCUCUCGGCCGCUGAACGCGGUUCCCAUCCGGGUGGCCCCCGGAAAAAAGAAGGCGAAGGUUGCUGCUUCCAAGAAGAAGGGCAGCGUCGCAGACUAAGGGAAGCCCCUCGAUAUGCCCGAGGGGUAUUCCUACUUGAAUACUGCCGCCCUAUAGAUAAAGUCGAAAGCUGACAGGGAAGAUCUCUAUGUCACCCAACUACAUGUGGGCCCCUCGGCCGUUGUGGUGGCACCGGGUCCCAAUGACGUCCUCUCCCGGGCUCCCGAGGGCUGUAUUGCGGUGCACGUCCUGUCCGUGUCGAUGGGGCUCCGGUUCCCCCUACACCCCUUCCUUCGGGAAUACCUCCGGUUCGUGGGUCUGGUCCCCUGCCAACUGACGCCGAACAGCCACUCCUACAUCACGGGCUUCCUCCAUCUCUGCAAAUCCCAGGGGGUAACGCCUAGCUUGGAUCUCUUCUUUCAAAGUUUUAACCUGUGCCGGGGGGCAUGCGAAUGCCGAGGGCUUCGCGAAUUUGCAGCAGGUGGCUUUGUUCAAGCUGUUUACUGAGGCGCCCUCCUCAAACAAGGGGUGGAAGGACCAGUGAUGCUUCAUAAAGUUGGCCGAGAGCCCCUUCCCGAGGGAACUGCGUGACCGGUUCAGGCGCCAUGAAAAGAGGAGGAGCGCCGCCCUCGAGAAAGAUGGCAGGAUCCUGGCGAAGAUCCUGGAGGGCCGAGACAAGAACAUAACCAUCAAGGAGUGAACCCAAGAGGAGGACCUCUACACCCUCGGGUUCCGGCGGUAUCGCUUCCUGGGGGAAACAGAUGAAAAGUUCCCGGCAUUUGAGGGAGCCUCCGGAGGUAGUCGCUGAGAGCAUCCAGUCCUUAGACUUAUGUAUAUUUAGGCCUAGAUAUAUAUAUAUAUAUUAUUUUUUUUGUUGUAUCUUUUCUCCUCCGGCUUUAACCGUCUUUAUUAUUUUUUUUCCAGGUAUCAACAUGGAUCUCAACGCCUUCGCCGCCCUCAAAAAACAGAAGGCCAAGGCCCCGGGCCAGAAGGAGCCCACCAAGCAGAAGCCCCUUGGGGAGUUCUUGAAGAAGGGCAGUGAGCCCUCGGAGGAGGCCGCAAAGAGGAAAGCCGCCGGCAAGGCCCCAAUCCCCGAGGGGAAGAGGCAGAAGAAGGGGGAUGCCGGGAAGAAGGCUCCCCCAGUGCUGGUGGUGGACGAACACUUCGCUUCCGAGUUCAGUGCCCAAAUGGCAACAACUGCUCCUCGUCUGCCCUCGGGCCAAGGGGGUGAGGCAAGCUUGCCCCGGGAGGACAUACGGUUCUCCCUGCCGAAGGGGGCCGCCAUCACACAUGGCACCGUAGACCCCCGGGAGUUUUUCGGCGGGGCUACCCCCGCUCUGGAUAGGAGGGCCCUCGGGAAGCUUGAUGACGAAGCUCUCGAGUCAAAAAUCCUCCGGUCCUCCCUUACUCCCUCGACGAACACGCUAGGAGGUUUGAUGAGUUGCGCCUCCAGAAGGCGCAACAGGAGGAGUCCUUCAAAAAGCUUAUUCAUGAUAAUGCCGAGGCCAUGAGGCAGAUGGCUCAGCUGGAGACGGACCUCCAGCAGGCGAGGGCGGAAGGUGAGAAGGCGGCCAAGGAGAAGGCGGAGGUGGAGAAGGCUGCUGCCGAGGCUGCAAAAAGGCCUCCGAAGACGCAGAGGCCGCCAAAGCAGAGGCCGCUGCCGGUGCAGUUGCUGCCUUCAUGGCCGAGGGUUGGAAGGCAGAAGGCCAUAAGGACUGGGUGGCCUCGGUCGUGGAGGGAUCCGCCGACGGGUGGGUGAAGGGCCCCGGGGCGAUGUGGCUAGCCCGAAAGGGUGAAGAUUAUUAUGCCGGGGGGAAUUCUUCACCCAGGCCUUGAUCUACAGAAGGCUUGCACGACACUUGAAGAUCGAGCCGGCGGCCUUCGAGCCGGCGGCCUUCGAGCCGGCGGCCUUCGAUCCGGCCUCCCCCCCUCCAGCCUGAUAUCAGAGUCCCCCUUCCCGAGGGCGUUGAAAGGCCGGAAUUGGAGGAUUCUGAGCUCCUGAAAGAGGCCGAGGGGGAUGAAGCAGAGGUUGGCAUGGAGGUCAUCUCAAAGCCCGCGGAAGAGGGUGCCCCCGGAGCUGAAAAUAUCUGACCUGUAUUUAGUAGCAUUUUGAACGUCUUUUUUUUGUAUGUAAUGGAUAUCUGUGUACUCUCGGCCUCGGCCAUAUUGUAAUAUAUACUUUAACUCUUCCAUUCUUCUUAUGAAUGAAUACCGGCCUUCGGACUUUUGUGUAUAAUUCGUUUCCUUCGAUUGUUUUUCUUUGAAUGUAUGCCAUCGUUUUUUUUAAUGUAUGC